AUGCAACUUCUUGAGAUGGUGUAAUUUCUAAUCCUUUUUUUAAGUUACAACAGUGCACAUUAUUCUGCUCUGCAUAUCACCCAACAGAUUAACAUGGACAACACCAGCAGUGUGAAGGAAUUCAUCCUCCUGGGCCUCUCAGGGAAUCAAGUGGCUCAGAAAAUAUAUUUCGUGAUGUUUCUGCUUUUCUACAUGAUCAUUGUGGCAGGAAAUCUGCUCAUAGUUAUCACUAUAAUUAGCAGCCAACAACUGAACUCCCCCUUGUACUUCUUCCUCUGCUACCUGUCCUUCGUGGAUAUCUGUUACUCCUCCGUCACAGCUCCUAAAAUGAUCACAGACUUCCUCAUGGAAAAUAAAACCAUCUCCUUUGAGGGCUGUGUAGUGCAGUUGUUUGGGGGUCACUUCUUUGGCUGCACAGAGAUCUUCCUCCUGACAGUGAUGGCCUACGACCGCUACGUUGCCAUCUGCAAACCUCUCCACUACACCACCCUCGUGACUCGCCACGCGUGUGGCCUCAUGGUGAUGGGCUCAUGGGUGGGGGCCUUCGUGCAUGCCAUCCUGCAGACCCUUCUGAUUGCUCUGCUCCCCUUCUGUGGCCCAAACAAAAUUGACCACUUCUUCUGUGAUGUCCGGCCCCUGCUGCACUUGGCCUGUAGUGACACCCGUGCCGUGGCCAUCGCUCUCGUUGCCAACAGUGAGGUGAUAAGUCUGAGCUGUUUCUUCAUCCUGGUCGUGUCUUAUGCUGUCAUCCUGGUUUCCUUGAGAGGGCAAACAUCUGCAGGGUGGCAGAAGGUGAUCUCCACCUGUGGGUCCCACAUUACUGUGGUGAUCCUGUUCUUUGGGCCAUGCAUAUUUGUCUAUAUCCGUCCGUCCAGUGACCUCUUGGAGGACAAGAACAUGGCUGUGUUCUACACUAUCAUCACACCCAUGCUGAAUCCAUUCAUCUACACACUCAGAAAUGAGGAGAUGAAGAGCACCAUGAGAAAACUGUGGAGAAGAAAAGUGGGAAGGGAAAAUGGAAAGGUGUAG